AUGUCACAAGUUUGGAGGUUGGAGGGUUGGGUGAGAUUUAAGGAGGUGGGUGGCCAGAGUUUCUUGAUUGAGUUCCAACAAGUGACUAACAAGGAAAAGGUACUUAGUGGACGUCCAUGGUUCUUUGAUAGGAACCUUGUGACUCUCCAAGAGGUGGAUGACUCUGUCUCUAUCAACUCCAUGCAUUUUAAGUUUGAACCAUUUUGGGUUCAACUCCAUAACUUGCCCCUGGCAACCAUGACUGAGGAGGUGGGGAAUCAGUUUGGGGCUUCCAUUGGUCAUGUCAUUAGGGUGGAUGCUGAGUUUGAUGGUUUGGCUUGGGGAAGAUGCCUUUGA